CGCACACUCGCGCACCGCGCCCGGGCGCACACGGAGCAGCCCCGCGAGGCGGCAGCCCGGGACACGCGGACCUGCCGCAGCCCCCGCCGCCUGCCCCAUGGCGCUGAAGCGGAUCCAGAAAGAAUUAAGUGAUUUACAGCGUGAUCCACCUGCCCACUGCUCCGCGGGACCCGUGGGAGAUGACUUGUUCCAUUGGCAAGCAACCAUCAUGGGGCCCCCCGACAGCGCCUAUCAAGGUGGAGUCUUCUUCCUCACUGUCCACUUUCCGACAGACUAUCCCUUUAAACCACCAAAGAUUGCUUUCACAACAAAAAUCUACCACCCAAAUAUAAACAGUAACGGGAGUAUUUGUCUUGACAUCCUGAGGUCCCAGUGGUCGCCUGCUUUGACCGUAUCGAAAGUCUUGUUAUCAAUAUGCUCCCUGCUCUGUGACCCUAAUCCAGAUGAUCCCUUAGUACCAGAUAUUGCACAGAUCUAUAAAUCAGACAAAGAAAAAUACAACAGGCACGCGAGAGAAUGGACGCAGAAAUACGCAAUGUAAAGGUUAAAACACUUUCCCUUAUGCCAAGAGUACUGUAAAAUCUAUGUCUUUGUUCCAUGAGCCCUUUGGUUUUUACUCAUUUUAAGUGUGUUUAUGAAGCAAGACAAAACAAACUUCCAAAAAAAAAAAAAUACCCUCGAAACUCUGCUGAGAGCAUUUAGCAUUCUGUGCUCACCGAGGAGGACAUUUAUUUCCGUUUCCAAGACACUUGGACCCCUGCGUCUCCGGCAAGGUCUGCGACAACGUGACUAAAAAGCAGCCAGCUGCUUCCCGUUCUCCGAAACGAGAUGUUUUCCCGUGAGAGACGCUGUCCGAGCUGUCCGAGAUGUCGUCACUUUUAUAAAUCUGAAUUCAGAUUCCAUUCUUCGUUAGCUCACUUUAUAAUUUGUAUUUUUUUACUGUAUAGACUAAAUAUAUUCUAUGUCAACUCCUGACUCCCCCCACCCCCACCCGUGAACAGUAUUGAAGCCCCCAACAGCUGAUGAUGAAUUAACUGUUCCCCCUCCCCCUCGUCUUAGGAUAUUCUGUGGGUUGAAUGCGUAUUUCUUGAAGCCGGAACUGAUCUGCACACUGUAUUUCGCAGUAUAGCGAGUAGAGUGGAGAAACACUUGUUUGGGUUUUAUCGUACUUGACUUAACUUUAUUGCAAUGUGAAUUAAUUGCACUGUUAGGUAGAGAAGGUGUGUGACUUUUUUUUUUUGUUGUUGCUCUUCACAGUUGACCUUUUUUUUUUUUUUCUGUAUAGGCAAUAUUAUAUUGACACCUUUUACAGAUCUGACUGUAGCCUUUUCCAUAUAAAUAAAAUGCUUUUUCUACUACU